GAAACAAACAGCAGAUGCACCGGUGUGUAGAUGGAGGAAUGUUAGCGCGGAGAACGGCUAUCCCACUGUGACCGCGUCGUGUUACGGCUUUAAUCAAAGGAACUGAACUACAGCAUCCAAGAGAAUUAAGUUCACAUGUGACCAGUGUGGAAAGAUGUGGCCAUCUUCUUCCAGACUCAAAGUUCACUACAGAACUCACACAGGAGAAAGGCCAUACAGCUGUGACCAGUGUGGGAAGGCGUUUAAACAGUCUAGUGCACUCAAAGCACACAUGAGAAUCCACACAGGAGAAAGGCCAUACAGCUGUGACCAGUGUGGGAAUGAAUUUAAACAGGCUGGUGCACUCAAAGCACAUAUGAGAAUCCACACGGGAGAAAGGCCAUACAGCUGUGACCAGUGUGGGAAUGAAUUUAAACAGGCUGGUGCACUCAAAGUACAUAUGAGAAUCCACACGGGAGAAAGGCCAUACAGCUGUGACCAGUGUGGGAAGGAAUUUAAAGACUUGGGUGCGCUCAAAGUACAUAUGAGAAUCCACACGGGAGAAAGGCCAUACAGCUGUGACCAGUGUGGGAAGGAAUUUAAAGACUUGGGUGCGCUCAAAGCACACAUGAGAAUCCACACAGGAGAAAGGCCAUACAGCUGUGACCAGUGUGGGAAUGAAUUUAAACAGGCUGGUGCACUCAAAGUACAUAUGAGAAUCCACACGGGAGAAAGGCCAUACAGCUGUGACCAGUGUGGGAAGGAAUUUAAAGACUUGGGUGCGCUCAAAGUACAUAUGAGAAUCCACACGGGAGAAAGGCCAUACAGCUGUGACCAGUGUGGGAAGGAAUUUAAAGACUCGGGUACACUCAAAGUACAUAUGAGAAUCCACACGGGAGAAAGCCCCUUCAGCUGUGACCAGUGUGGGAAAGCAUUUAAACGAGCUGAUGCACUCAAAGUACAUAUGAGAAUGCACACAGGAGAAAGGCCAUACACAUGCGACCAGUGUGGGAAGGCAUUUAAAUACUCGGGUUCACUCAAAUUACAUAUGAAUAUCCACACGGGAGGAAGGCCAUACAGCUGUGACCAGUGUGGGAAUGAAUUUAAAGAGGUUGCUGCACUCAAAGUACAUAUGAGAAUCCACACGGGAGAAAGGCCAUACACAUGUGACCAGUGUGGGAAGGAUUUUAAACACUCAGGUUCACUCAAAGUACAUAUGAGAAUCCACACAGGAGAAAGGCCAUACACAUGUGACCAGUGUGGGAAGCAAUUUAAAUAUUCUAAUGUCCUCCAUCAACAUAUGAGAAUCCACACAGGAGAAAGGCCAUACAGCUGUGACCAGUGUGAGAAAGCAUUCUCUUUUUCAUCCAAUCUGAAUAGUCACAUGAGAAUUCACAGUUGUUCUACACUGUAUGAGUGUGGUCAGUGUGAAAAGGCUUUUAAAACAUCACAGCAACGCUCCAGUCACUACCGAACACACACAGGAGACAAACCAUACGACUGUGAAGAGAGUGGGAAGGCUUUAAGAUCUGUGAGGAACCGUCUGAACCAAGUUUCCAGACUGAAGAGAAAAGCAGCAGCUGUGACCAGUGUGGGAGGACCUGCUCAUCUGAAAGUGCACUGUCUUGAACACACUAAAGGAGACAGAGCUGCUGAGGCUGGAUCAUGUGAGGCUAAAGUCAGACUCAAAAAGCUGGAGAUCAGGCUUCAGAGACUCCAGACUGUGGAGUCGACCUCAGUAACUACAGCACCCGAGAGAAUGAAGUUCACAUGUGACCAGUGUGGAAAGAUGUGGCCUUUUGCUUCCAGUCUCAAAGUUCACUACAGAACUCACACAGGAGAGAAGCCAUUUAAAUGUGACCGGUGUGGAAUGGAAUUUCGACGGUCUGAUCAUCUGGAUCGACACAUGAGAGUCCACACGGGAGAAAGGCCAUACAGCUGUGACCAGUGUGGGAAGGCAUUUAAACAGUCUAGUGCACUAAAAGUACAUAUGAGAAUCCACACAGGAGAAAGCCCGUACAGCUGUGACCAGUGUGGGAAUGAAUUUAGAGACUCGGGUACACUCAGAGCACAUAUGAGAAUCCACACAGGAGAACGACCGUACAGCUGUGACCAGUGUGGGAAUGAAUUCAAACAGGCUUUUGCACUCAGAGCACAUAUGAGAAUCCACACAGGAGAAAGCCCCUACAGCUGUGACCAGUGUGGGAGAGCAUUUAAACGCGCUGAUGCACUCAACAUACAUACGAGAAUCCACACAGGAGAAAGCCCCUACAGCUGUGACCAGUGUGGGAAUGAAUUCAAACAGGCUUUUGCACUCAAAGCACAUAUGAGAAUCCACACAGGAGAAAGCCCGUACAGCUGUGACCAGUGUGGGAAGGCAUUUAAAAGUGCUGAUGCACUUAAAGUACACAUGAGAAUCCACACAGGAGAAAGCCCGUACAGCUGUGACCAGUGUGGGAAGGCAUUUAAAAGUGCUGAUGCACUUAAAGUACACAUGAGAAUCCACACAGGAGAAAGGCCAUACAGCUGUGACCAGUGUGGGAAUGAAUUCAAACAGGCUUUUGCACUCAGAGCACAUAUGAGAAUCCACACAGGAGAAAGCCCCUACAGCUGUGACCAGUGUGGGAAGGCAUUUAGAGAUUCGGGUACACUCAAAGUACAUAUGAGAAUCCACACGGGAGAACGACCGUACAUAUGUGACCAGUGUGAGAAAGCUUUCUCUCAUUCAUCCAAUCUGAAUAGACACAUGAGAAUUCACAGUUGUUCUACACUGUAUGAGUGUGGUCAGUGUGAAAAGGCUUUUAAAACAUCGCAGCAACGCUCCAGUCACUACCGAACACACACAGGAGACAAACCAUACGACUGUGAAGAGAGUGGGAAGGCUUUAAGAUCUGUGAGGAACCGUCUGAACCAAGUUUCCAGACUGAAGAGAAAAGCAGCAGCUGUGACCAGUGUGGGAGGACCUGCUCAUCUGAAAGUGCACUGUCUUGAACACACUAAAGGAGACAGAGCUGCUGAGGCUGGAUCAUGUGAGGCUAAAGUCAGACUCAAAAAGCUGGAGAUCAGGCUUCAGAGACUCGAGACUGUGGAGUCGACCUCUGACUUGGAGAACUCUCUGCCACUACUCCUAACUACAGCACCCGAGAGAAUGAAGUUCACAUGUGACCAGUGUGGAAAGAUGUGGCCAUCUUCUUCCAGACUCAAAGUUCACUACAGAACUCACACAGGAGAAAGACCGUACAGCUGUGACCAGUGUGGGAAUGAAUUCAAACAGGCUGGUGCACUCAAAGAACAUAUGAGAAUUCACACAGGAGAAAGGCCAUACAACUGUGACCAGUGUGGGAAAGCAUUUAACCGCAGUGAUGCACUAAAAGCACAUAUGAGAAUCCACACGGGAGAAAGGCCAUACAGCUGUGACCAGUGUGGGAAAGCAUUUAACCGUGGUGAUGCACUAAAAGCACAUAUGAGAAUCCACACAGGAGAAAGGCCAUACAGCUGUGACCAGUGUGGGAAGGAAUUUAAAGACUUGGGUAAACUCAAAGUACAUAUGAGAAUCCACACGGGAGAAAGGCCAUACAGCUGCGACCAGUGUGGGAAGGCAUUUACACAGUCUAGUGCACUCAAAGAACAUGUGAGAAUCCACACAGGAGAAAGACCGUACAGCUGUGACCAGUGUGGGAGAAAAUUUAAACGCGCUGAUACACUCAACAUACAUAUGAGAAUCCACACAGGAGAAAGGCCAUACGUAUGUGACAAGUGUGAGAAAGCGUUCUCUUCUUCAUCCAGUCUGAGUAGACACAUGAGAAUUCACAAGUGUUUUAGACUGUAUGAGUGUGGUCAGUGUGAAAAGGCUUUUAAAACAUCGCAGCAACGCUCCAGUCACUACCGAACACACACAGGAGACAAACCAUACGACUGUGAAGAGAGUGGGAAGGCUUUAAGAUCUGUGAGGAACCGUCUGAACCAAGUUUCCAGACUGAAGAGAAGAGCAGCAGCUGUGACCAGUGUGGGAGGACCUGCUCAUCUGAAAGUGCACUGUCUUGAACACACUAAAGGAGACAGAGCUGCUGAGGCUGGAUCAUGUGAGGCUAAAGUCAGACUCAAAAAGCUGGAGAUCAGGCUUCAGAGACUCCAGACUGUGGAGUCGACCUCUGUGUAGAGUCAAAAAGUACAAACAUUAUAUGUUAAGAUUAAGAUU